AUGGAGGAAAAGUUCAGCUACGAGCAGACCUUGCCGGUGCUGUCUCGGCCAUGGCCGAGUGAUGCCGCUCACCCGGACUAUGUCCCCGACGAUCAUCAUGACGAUACUGAGCCUAUCCAGCCCUACCAACAGCCUCAAGCGCAGGUCCCUCCAGCUCCUACUCCAGCUCCAGCACCAGCACCAACGCCAGCCCCUAAACCCAAUCGCAAUGCCCCCGCCAAGGUCCGCAAACCCCGCAAAGCUAACACCAACGCCUCAGGGAAAUCAACCCUAUUCUGGGUCAACAGUGACCCCCAGACCGCAGCAGAAGGCACAAAAGAAGAAACACUGAAGCGCAUUCGGUCCCAUGUGAUGUCCGAGCAUAACCGCAAGAAACGCAUGGAAAGCACGAAGCAGUACAACAAAGACAAAUGGAAGCCGACGCCUUACCAGACACCCGCCGGAGCCCUGGUACCGACCGGGACUCCCCGCGCAUCGAUCAGUUCGUCGGCCAGCUUGUCUGGAAGUCACAUCUCAGACGAGCAGGAGCUGGAGCAAGUUGAAAUGAGCAAUGCGCUUGUUGCAACCUCUGCUGGGUACCCGGUUGUUUCGGCUGCGUCGUGGGAUGGGGAGAGCUAUGGCGAGGUGACGACUUACCCGUCUAUAUGGUCGCGCGUGGGACAGGGAGCUAAUGAUCCGUUUAAUACUGGCCAUACACAACUGACGGAUAGGAUGAUGCGGCAUUUGAGAGUUUUCCUGUGGGAUCUCACGCAAGAAGCACAUCCAUUGCAGACGCGGUAUAAACCCAAACUGCAAGCGCAUUGGGCAUCUCUGAUCCAGCAGGAUCCGGCCAUUCUGCAUGCGACGAUCUGUAUGGCGACAUCUAAUGAUGCCAUGCGUGCUGGCGAGCUGCCUAUUCGAGACCCGAAUCAGAAGAGGAGUCAGUUGGUGAUUGAUACAUUCCACCAUCGGGGUGAGACCAUUCGACUGGUUAAUGAGGGCUUGUCGGACCCGGUCAAGGCAUCCAGUGAUGUUUUGAUUGCUGCUGUUUCAACCCUGUUGACGAUUGAAAUCGCAUCGGGGAACCCUGAUUAUCUCAAAAUCCAUCUAGCAGGCCUGCGUCAGAUGAUCGCACUGCGAAAGGACUUCGACGAGGUCCCUUCGGACGUCCGGUUCCAAAUCUCAUGGACCGAUAUCCGCGUUGCCUGCAUGGCACACGCCAAACCAAUCUUCCCCUUCGUUCGCUACACUCGCCCAGCUCAUUUCUCCCUAAUCCCUCCAAAUGACGACAUAGCCCUCCUAGCAACACGCCUCUUCCCCCUCCUCAAAAUCCCAGGCAUAUUCGGCGAAGCCAUGCCUCAGAUCAUAUACGACCUCCUAGAACUAUCCUGGUACGCAGAAUGGAUCAAAGGCAAUACAGGCUACAAAGAAUUCAACGAAGAAACCGAAGACUACUUCAACACAGAAGUCCUGUACGUGGAGUACAUGCUCCACACAGACCGCUACACGCCAACCGGCCAAGUAAAAGGCGACAACUCAAUCGAGGGUUGCACCCGUCUCGCCUGCCUCCUCUUCCACAACAGCGCCAUCUGGAGCUUCUAUCCCAUGGUCGCGCAACUCCUCCCAAAACCAAUUCUCGCUCUGCGCGCUGCUCUUGCCACUACCAUUCCCAUGGGUUUGUUCGCGCUGUGUCGGGAUCUGCUUAUCUGGCAGCUUUUCAUGGGCGCUGUCUGUAGUGCUAACUUACCUGCCGAGCGGGCCUUUUUCGUUUCUGAGUUGGCUGCUGCGGCCCGUUUGCAGGGGACUACUUCUUGGCAGGAGGCGCGGGCUCUCUUGUUGGGCUUUUUCUAUGUCGAUCGUGUUCAUCUGCCUAUGCUUCGUCAGGUUUGGGAUGAGGUUAUGCUGCAGGUGGAUCUUCCGGCUUGA